AUUCGUAUCAGAUUACUGGAUGGGCAGCAUACAUUCGGAACCAGUUACAUAACGACUCCUCUUGAGGUUGCUCAAGCAAUUUCAAAGCAGUUAUCUAAAGAAGUUGUCGUUGCUGUUGUUGAUAACUCAAUCUGGGAUCUACAAGCUCCCUUAACUAAUGAUUGCAGCCUUAAAUUAUUAAAAUUUCGCGAUGAUCCACUAGCAAAACAGGUAUUUUGGCAUUCAUCAUCGCAUUUGUUAGGUUAUGCGAUGGAAAAGCUUUAUGGUAGUGAGGUUCCAGUACAAUUAUGUAACGGUCCUCCACUAGAACAAGGUAAUGUUUCUCUACCAGAGGGGGACUUGAAUAAGUUAGAAAAAAUUGCUGUUGAUCUCGUAAAAGAGAAUCUUUCUUUUGAAAGAAUUGAAUUAACUAUAAAUGCUGCACUGGAAAUGUUUCGAUACAAUCCGUAUAAAAUAGAGAUUAUCAAGAAAUUGGAUCCUGGUGAUACCAUAACCGCAUAUAAGUGUGGAGAUUUCAUAGACCUAUGUCGAGGGCCACAUCUUCCUAGAACAGGAAUGAUUAAGGCAAUUGCUAUGACAAAGGAAUCCAGUGUGCACAAGAGUGGAGACACUAGUUCUGCGCAACUGCAGCGCGUAUAUGGGAUAGCGUUUCCGAAAAAAGAUCUGCUUAAGGAUUGGCUUAAAAUGCAACAAGAAGCUAAGGAGCGUGACCACCGUACCAUUGGAAAAGACCAGAAACUGUUUUUCUUUAAUCCUUUGAGCCCUGGUAAUGCUUUUUUACUGCCACAUGGAUUGAGAAUUAUAAAUAAAUUAAAAAAUUUCUUAAAAGAUGAAUACAGGGUUCGCGGAUACCACGAGGUAGAAACACCGUUAACUUUUAAUCAAGAGCUUUGGGUGCAAUCUGGUCAUUGGGAUCAUUAUAGUGACGACAUGUUUCGGCUGCAAUCUGAUCCACAAGAUCAUGAAAAUCGGGGCUCAAUUAGCCUUAAACCUAUGAACUGUCCCGGACACUGUCUAAUUUUCGGUAAUGAGCGACAUUCCUAUCGUGAUCUUCCAGUCCGAUUAGCGGAAUUUAGCGCUUUGCAUAGAGAUGAACCUUCAGGCUCGUUGGGUGGAUUAACACGCUUACGUCAGUUUCAUCAAGACGAUGCCCAUAUCUUUUGUACUAAAGAUCAAAUCGGGGAAGAAGUUCAGGAUUGUUUGGAUUUAAUCAAUAAGGCGUAUUCGAUAUUCGAUUUUAAUUAUACGAUGAAGCUAUCAACUCGCCCGGAAGGAUACCUUGGAGAAACUGCUGUUUGGGAAGAGGCUGAAAAUCGACUAGUUAAUAUUUUGAAUAGCACUGGAAAAGAAUGGAGUGUAAACGAUGGAGAUGGUGCUUUUUAUGGACCAAAAAUUGAUGUAAUGAUUCAGGAUGCUAUUGGCAGAAGUCAUCAAACUGCUACCAUACAACUAGACUUUCAACUACCCAAACGUUUUAAUCUGCAGUUUAUGAAUUCAUCUGGAGAGCUAGAACACCCCGUUAUUAUCCAUCGAGCCAUUUUCGGCUCAUUUGAAAGAUUUUUGGGAAUAUUGAUUGAACAUACUGCGGGAAAUUGGCCAUUUUGGAUAAGCCCGAGACAGGUGUCUGUUUGCAGCGUUUCUGAGAGACAUAAUGAUUACGCAAGAGAAAUCUGCGACAGCCUUAAGAUUAACGGCUUAUACGCUGAUUUAGAUAUUACUGAUGUAGUUCUUAAUCGAAAAAUUCGACUAUCGCGUUUAGCUGGUUAUAAUUACAUUGCGGUCGUUGGCAAGGAGGAAUUUGAAAGUAAGUAA